GAUGGAACAACAUAGGAACGUUAAAAAACCCUAUACUAUACGUAUUGGCUCACUUCGAUCAGUGGACUCCAUUGGAAUUGUUACCUAAUCACCAAAGUCAACAAUAAGAAAUAUGUUCCCAGUCGUGAGAGCCGCCGCCAGGGCUUUGCCCCAAGCUAGCCAGGCCUUGAUCCAGGCUCAAACCAGAACCAUCCUCUCAGGACCCCCGAAAGUGCGUAUCUCCUUGACUGAGAAGGCACUCCAUGGAAUGUUCUUGACUGCAUCGUUCUUUGGCAUUCCCUUCUACAUCUUGUACAAUAUUCCAUCUUACAGGCAAUAGAUCAAAUACUAUAGUCAAUUCUGUAGUGAAAUUAUUAUACAUGUAAUAUUUAUGUUCAAAUAAAGUGAGUUGAUUACUAGUUCA